AUGAGUCGUUGCGCUGAAUUUUGGAUGCGCCAUUUCCAUGCCGCCCUUCCUGUUCCGCCCUUCCCGUUCCGCCCCAAUCCGUCUUCCGCUCUUACCUCUUCCGCACUGCUCCCGUGGCGCCAGGUCCGAGGGGAGAUGGAGCGGCUUGUCGGCAAUGGCCUUGGCGUUCUCGAGGUAUCAGUGAAGCACAGCGGCUCCCUCUUUCUGUGGGCGGGGGCAAGGAGAGGCGCGUAUGCUAAGAACUCCUACGGCAACGAGUACUCCGCGGUGGGCGUGUGGGUGCUGGGAGAGACGCUGCGCAACGCGUGGGGGGAGGGCGUGGUGCGGCAGAAGCAGAAGGAGCUGAGCGAGUAUCUGGAGGUCAGUUGGUACCUUCACUGA